UGUUUACUCUGUCAUUUAUUAUUGAUAUCUUUUCGUCGUCUCCAGUUUGUCAAACGGAAAAGACAGAGCGAUUGGUGGAUCCCUAAAUCUUGUCGGGCUCUUAAUCUACAAAUCUCGCUGUGAUUAUUUGAAAACAACUUCUUCUUCUGUUAAGCAGGUCAUUUUGAACUGGUGAGCAUUUGGUGAUAGAUUCUGUCCUGUGUAUUGACAUGUUCUCCGACGUCGUUUUUAGGUGUUUGAACAAGGGUGUUUGGGAGGGUACUAUGGGAUAUCUGAAUUCUGUGUUGUCAUCUUCGAGCCAGGUUCACGCCGACGAUGGACCUGUUAGCGGCGGCGGCCUCAGUCAGAACGGGAAGUUCAGCUAUGGAUACGCAAGCUCUCCUGGUAAAAGAUCUUCUAUGGAGGACUUCUAUGAGACUCGAAUCGAUGGCGUUCAUGGCGAAAUUGUUGGUCUUUUUGGUGUCUUUGAUGGACAUGGAGGUGCACGUGCUGCUGAGUAUGUGAAGCAAAAUCUAUUCAGUAAUCUGAUCAGGCAUCCAAAGUUCAUCUCUGACACUACUGCAGCAAUAGCUGAUGCAUACAACCAAACGGACUCGGAGUUUCUUAAAUCAGAAAAUAGUCAGAACAGAGAUGCUGGUUCAACGGCCUCAACAGCCAUCUUAGUUGGUGACCGUUUACUUGUUGCAAAUGUAGGGGACUCUAGAGCCGUCAUAUGCAGAGGUGGCAAUGCUAUUGCUGUAUCCCGAGAUCACAAGCCUGAUCAAAGUGAUGAGCGCCAACGAAUUGAAGACGCGGGAGGAUUUGUCAUGUGGGCUGGAACAUGGAGAGUUGGAGGAGUUCUUGCGGUUUCUCGUGCAUUUGGCGAUAGGUUAUUGAAGCAGUAUGUCGUUGCUGAUCCGGAGAUACAGGAGGAAAAAGUUGAUAGCUCUCUCGAGUUUCUCAUUCUUGCGAGUGAUGGUCUCUGGGAUGUUGUAUCUAACGAGGAAGCUGUUGGCAUGGUCAAGUUGAUAGAAGAUCCCGAGGAAGGUGCAAAGAGACUGAUGACCGAAGCUUACCAAAGAGGAAGUGCAGACAACAUAACUUGUGUCGUUGUACGUUUCUUCUCAGACCAGACAGGAGCAGUAGGUACCAGCAGCAACAGUAUCCCAAUCGAUCACGGUAUUAUACCAGACAGAAGCUCCAGUGACCCAUCAACCUAGUUCUAACAUUGGUUACGUACCUUUGGGUUUCUCAUUUACUCAAAGAAACAAAUGGAUCUGGAAGGUUAUAUAAGAUCGAGAAUAUAUAUAUAGACAAAACUCUUUUGCACGAACGUUGUUUUUCUUGUCUCGUGUCACUUUUGUUGUUGUUAUACAUUGGUUACUUGGCUAUGUAAAGAAACAUAUCUGUGGAUUUAAGUUUCAUCUCCAAAAUGGAUUUGCAACAUUGGUAUAAGUGAACUAUUAUUAUUCCAAUAAAGAUUAUCUCUGCAUAA